AUCAACAUGUUACAUGACAACAUAUUGUUAUUAACUUCAUACUAGAACUAGAUUAUUAUAUAUUUGUUACUAAACAGUCAUGUCCAUAACUUGGCUACAAAUUACAAUAGUCUACUACUUAAACUAUACCUAUGUAAAUUGGUAAAUUAAUAAAUAAUAUUAAUUGUAAUGAAAAUUAAACUUAAUCAAAACGUGUAUAAGUGGUAAAUGGUAAUAGUGUCAUUUAACAUACCUUUCCUUAUUAAUUAUAGAUUAAAUGGUAUGAAAGUUUCAUACCAUAUAAUCUAUCGUACUUCAAAGUGUCCAAUUUUUCAGUGAAAUGAUACUAGACAAAAACAAACUGAGAGAAACGAAUACAAAUGAGCUAAGAGUGAAUAAGCUGGCCAUUAUGUCGUUAAUAAACAAACCAGCUUGUUUGACCAUAAAUAAUAAUUAUGUGACAGAGAUUUCUGAUCCUCCAAACGGGAGGAAGGAAAACUCAGAAUACAAAAUUGACCAGAUAAGAACAGAUCAGAAUAAAAAUAGCGCCAAGGACUUGAAUCUUUUGGAGUCGUUGCGCAAAUCAAUAAGUCUCGGUAAAGUAAUACAAGACAAACCGAGACCUACGAAUACGAACGAGUGGUUGAAUCCUCCCACGACGUCAAUAACAAAUGAAUGUACUUGCUCUGUGUAUAUGCGGGUAUCAAAUACGAGGAAGGAAAACUUAAAAAACGAAUUAGACCAGAAAAUAAAACUAUGGAACAGUGAUCGUCGUGCAAUGAUACAAGACAAGCCGGGACAAGCGAAUGAAGAAGGACCCAGAUCGAAACCUGCUACGAAAUCAAUGGAACAGCCUACAGUUUGUUCGACCAUAAAUAAUGUUUCUGUGCCUGUGGUGGAUUCAACCACGAACAUGGAAAAUUCAGCAAUGGAGGAACGGAUAAGAAAACUUCGUCAUAGAUUAGAUUUUCCAAACAAGCCAAGAGAGAAUCUCGAGCAGAUGUCAAUGAAAAAAGCAGCACCUUGUUCAAUCAAAAAGUAUGUAUCUGUUCCAGAUGUUUCUAAUCCAAACUGGAGGAUGGAAUACUUAGAACGCGAUACACUUAGGAUUGUAAAAAAUGAUGUUAUGUGUGUAAACAAUGUGGAUCAAUUCCUUAAAACUUUAUUUCGAUAAAUUACAUUUACAAAAUUAUGUUA